AUGUGGAUGUAGACGGAUGAUGUCCCUCUUGACUCCUGCGUGUCUUUGAUAUAUCCUGCCAUGAGCGGAAGUGUCUGGGAUUCUGCCGAAUCCAUCCUUCAAAUCAGCCGUUUGUAAAGGGAGACGGGGGCGAACACCGUCUGCAUUUCUUCCCACACCACCACCACCACCACCACCACCAUCAGCUUGGCUCCAUUCAGCGUCGCUGUGCACCAUUUAAUGUAGACAUAUCUCAGCACGGGACAUGCGCUUUCAGGUCUGCGCAAUCGACGUGAACGCCUGCCUGGACACAGGAGAGGAUUAAGUUACUGCUGCUGGCGGCGGAUUAUUUUAUUGGCCUCCUCCUGUCACGCCCGAGUCUUUGGUGAUCCUUUUUCCAAUUAGGAGAGGUCGAAAGCCAGACAUGUCUUUCAGGCGAGGUGUGGUCAGGCAGAGCAAGUUCCGCCACGUCUUCGCCCAGGCGUGGAAAGCUGAGCACUGCAUCGAUGAUGUCCGAGUGUCCCGCGUGACGUGGGACAGCCCCCUCUGCGCCGUCAACCCCAAAUUUAUCGCCGUUAUCAUCGAGGCCGGCGGAGGAGGGGCCUUCCUCGUUGUUCCGAUCAGCAAGAGCGGCAGGAUCGAUCAGUCCUGUCCCACGGUGUGCGGCCAUGCAGCACCAGUGCUGGACAUCCAGUGGUCUCCUCAUGACGACAACAUCAUUGCAAGUGCCUCAGAGGACUGCACAGUAAAGGUGUGGCAGAUCCCAGACGGGGGCCUGACGAGCCCGAUGACUGAGGCCAUUGUGACCCUCGAGGGACACAGUAAGCGAGUUGGAAUCCUGGCUUGGCACCCAACUGCCUUCAAUAUCCUCCUGACUGCAGGCUGCGAUAAUUUGAUCUGUGUGUGGAACGUGGGCACGGGGGAGCUUGUGUACCAGCUGAGUGAUGCCCACCCAGAUGUGAUCUACAGUGUCAGCUGGAACAAGGACGGCAGCGCUGUCUGUACUGUGUGCAAGGACAAGGCUCUGCGUGUCAUCGACCCGCGACGGGGCACCGUGCUGAAGGUGAAAGAGAAGGUCCAUGAUGGCACCAGGCCAAUGAGAGCUGUGUUCCUCUCAGAUGGGAAGAUCCUGACCACAGGCUUCAGCCGUAUGAGUGAGAGACAGAUGGCAUUAUGGGAUACGAAGGAUCUCUCCGAGCCAAUGGCAGUGCAGGAGAUGGAUACAAGUAAUGGGGUUCUUCUACCCUUUUAUGACCCUGACACGAACAUGGUCUACCUGUGUGGAAAGGGGGACUGCACCAUCCGGUAUUUUGAAGUGACAGACGAAUCCCCCUAUGUUCACUUCCUCAGCUUAUACAGCAGCAAGGAGCCUCAGAGAGGUGCAGGCUUUCUUAGUAAAAGAGGUGUCGAUGUCAACAAGUGUGAAAUUGCCAGAUUCUACAAACUGCAUGAAAGAAAGGUGGAGCCCAUUUCUAUGACUGUACCGCGAAAGUCAGAUCUGUUUCAGGGAGACCUUUACCCGGACACAGCCGGUUUGGAGCCGGCGCUCCUGGCUGAUGAAUGGAUUGCUGGGCAGGAUGCACCACCCCUAUUGGUCUCUCUUAGCGGUGGGUACUCAGCUCCUCCAUCCAAGCACAGAGACACCCUCAGAAGCAAACCCAAGCUCGUCUCACAAGACUCUGGGACUGGGGCCGCCCAGCCUUCAGCAGGAAAUGCAGCAGCUCCCACACCUACAUCUACAUCUAGCUCUGCUGCCAAGGAGACAGAAGAAGAGGUGCCACAGCCACGAGUAGCCACAAGGGAGACAGAUGGAAAUGCUGAGAGGCCGAAGAAAGAGGAGGAUCUGUUGAACGAGUUGUUAGCAGAAAUGAAGGCGUUGCGUGCAGUCGUCCUCGCUCAGAGCCAGAGGAUCGAGUUGCUGGAGAGGCAGCUGGCUCGGAUUGAGGAUGGGGAUGUAUGAGGAGGGCGGAAGAACCACUACAUUCAGAGGGCUUUCUUACUAAAUCCAUAGACCAUAGCCUUACUAGAAUCAACAGUACCUUAAGCUGUGUGAGUGGAAGAAUGUAGUGUAGGGUUGCGACUAACUGUGAAUCACAGUGGCUUACCACCAGGUCAUUUAUUGUGAUGAAAGCAAGACCACAAUUUGUUUCCGUGAUUGUUUUCCAGACUGUGGCUGAGAACGGGGUGUCAUCUGCAUAGAGUUAAGUCUGACAGUGAGAUAAUGUUUUGUUUUUCAUAUGAAGGAGUAUUGUAGCAGCUUUUUGGUGGUGCAUAUCGUGCAGCUUUGAGCUUUGCAAAAUCCUUACGCUAAUUUUGAAGGGCUUUGAAGGCAUUACAGUGGCACCAUUGCCUCAAGUUACUGCACAAAGUAGUGAUAAAAGCAUUAUAUUAAAAGCUAAUGAAGGUUGACAUACUAUAGCAAAGCGAUGAAGUACCUCCAAUAUGAUUUUCUUUCUCCAAAGCACUCACAAAUGUAACCAUUAGGGCUAUUUAAUCAGGUAGUUAAAGCUGCUAAACUGUGAUGUCAUAUCAAACCCCCAAUUGUUAACUCAUUGUGUGACUUGUGCUUUGUUUUACUACUUAAUUAUGUGUAAGGUUAACGGUAGAAGAAUCUUCCGGUACACAAAUCAGUGACAGUGAGAAUUAUGGGACUGAUAGCUGGUGGGAGUGUAGGUGAAUAUUUAUGUGUAUCGUAAUUCUGUGUAGUCUUUGCAGGUAACACUUGUGAUUUUGUACCUCGUGUUAUGAGGAAAGAGCUGCGGCAGUGUGAGGUUUUCUGUAACAUCACAAGGCAAGAUAUUUGGUCCACAUUAGGAUAUAAACACAGAAAUGCUUCCCUCUUUCCUUCUUUUGACGUGUGGAAAGGCUGCAGUAUCUGGUGCCCUCUGAAGAACCAGGAUUUUGAGUUUAGUUGUUGCUUCUGGAUAUAUGGUUGAAGUUGUGCUAUAUAGUAGCAUACAGACAUAACCCAACACUAGUUAGAGUGCAGUCACACUAAAACACACUAGAUUUAUCCAGAACAGCAGUUCAGAAAAUCAUUUGCAGCCAGAAGAAAGAAAGUUGCAGUGAAAUGAGAAAUAUUUUCUACAGUUUUCAUUUAUAUUGGUGUUAAAGAAACACUUAACCCACAAAAUGAUCAUUUGUAUAUAAAUACUCGAAAACAUUUUGCUAGCUUGCCACAAUGGUGAACGAAGAAUCCAAAAACAGAAAAUUCUUGAUGAAUUGGACUAAAGUUGGAGUUGAACAACAACUGCAAGACUAUAUAAUAACAUCUGUUUACGAACUCUUGACGCAACUCCUGCAGCAUAAUCCUAAGUCUCAUUUAUAGGAAGAUAGGAUACAAAGCAAAUCAAAGUUGGAGGAUUGCGGAUAUAAAGAGUGCAAAAUUUAAAAAGACAAACAAAACAGGAAAUGCAAAAUUUAAAAACUAGGUACCACUAAGGUGGAAAUAAGGUGCAAUCCGAUAAAUAAAAUGCCAGUUGUUAAAAGCUGCCCCCUUUUACUCCAAUUCAUCGAGAAUUUUCUGUUUUUGGAUUCUUCGUUUACCCUGGAAAUUUUUUAUCCCAAAUCCAAGGCAACACUUGGUAAGUAAUUACUAUACACAUGAUCCUUUUGAGGGCGAAGUAUUCCUCUAAAAGGUGGAAAGAUCUUUUAGAUUGUUUUUUUAUUUUAGUUUUGUGUUUUUUGCAAUUACAUUUAGAGGCAUUUUUCUGUCACCUCUGUCUGUCGAUGAUCGUGUAAUAAUAAUGGUACAUUCCACAUGAAACUUAUCCCUUUAUUACUUUAUUGAUUUAUAUUCCUUUGUGCACUGACCUUUUAACACUAACUGUAAAACCAGUAGCAGUUUAAAUGAGACUCCAAUGUGAAACUCAAUAAACAUUCAUUCCUUCCUUUGUA